CAGAACCCCCCUUUCCCUCUUCCCGCCCUCCCUGCCUCCCCCGUCCCCCCGGGUCUGUCUCCGCCCCUUCCUGCGGGCCUUCCUCCUCGCGGCACCAUGUCCAACCCUGCGCCCCCCCCGGCGCCGCCGGCACGCAAAGAGUCUGCCAUCGCCAUUGUCAGCCUGGCCCUGAUGCGGGCAUUCAUGUCGGGCUGCAUCUGCUUCUGCCUGCUGGGCAGCGGGACCGGGUCCUUCGGCGGUGUCAAGCAUUCGGUCUUCCUGGCGCUGCCGGUGGCCGCGGCCACCAUGUUGCUGACCUCCGUCCAGACGAAGAUCAAGCUGUCCAAGAUCUCGGCCGGCGCGGCGUUCCUGGCUGUCUCGCGCGCCGUGGUCCUCGUGGCCCUGCUCUUGGACAUUGUGUCCAUUCUCCUUGGGGCGCCCUUUGUCAUUGGCUCGCCCUCGACCUUUGUUUGGUCGGUCUUCGCCGCGAGCCUGGCCUCGGCCCCGCUGGUGGAGACCUCCUCCCCGGGACUGGGCUUCUCGGAGAUCGUGGACUUCAUCCUCGGCCGGAACCUCAACUCCAUUUUCAAGAAGGCCGCGUGGCGCAUCUUCGCCGGGACCCUCCUCGGGGCGUGGGUUUCGGUGGCGGUCGUCCCUCUCGACUGGGAGCGCCCGUGGCAGGCCUGGCCCAUCCCGGCGGUUUACGGCGCCGUGGCCGGGCAUCUGCUGGGCGCGGUGUUUGCCCUGCUGAUGGAUCGCUUCGCCAGUGACGCCGACCCGACGGCCGACCCCCGGCUGCGCCUUGAGACCCUGAGCCCGGACCAGGAGGCGGCCGAUGGGGCGGUGGUUGCUUCCGGCGACCGGGCUCCGGCCGAGGCGGCCAGCGUGCACCGCCGGUGAAGGCCGCCUUCCCCCGCCCGGCCCGCUGGCCCCCCCCCCAUCACUCCCUGCCUCCCUCCUUCCGCCUGUCCUCCCCGGCUUCCUGCCGGCCAUGGUGUCGCCCUUGAGGCUUGACGCGCAAUGGUAUAUUCCCCCAUACGGAGAUGUAUGCACGCGCGACCGAGGGAGAGCGCGCGCGCGGGGGAGGGGGAAGCGGGUCGGCUCUGGCCUCUGCUCCCGGGUCCGUCCCCUCUUUCCCUGCUCUCUGCUCGGCCCUUCGGCGCCCCACGUCGGCUCAGCACCCAAGGCCAUCAGCCAGGAGCCGGUACAAAUCCGGCUCCGCCAGGUCCAAUAGAUACACAUCGGCCAGAUGGAGCACACGCAGUAGCCAGCCUUCGCCCGCACGCUGGCAGAGCCGGAUGACGGCCCGGAUGAGGUCGCCAUCCAGGAGGACGGCCGUGCCGGCGCGGUGUUUCCGCGCAGCCGGCAAACCCCGGGCAGCGGCCUUUUCCAUCAGCUGGACCAGGGCCAGGCGUGCAUGGUCCCGGGCGUCGGGGCCAGCGAAGCCGGCCAGCGGCACCGGGGUGGGCAGGCUGCCAGUCAGCUGGUGCAGGUGCAGCAGCAAGUCGGCCAGCAGGCGCCAGAGGGCCCCGGCGGUGGGGGGGGGCCAGCUGCCGGAGGCCGGGGCGGGGGCACCGGCAGCCGGGUGGUCCGGCUCCGCCGGCGGGCGCAGGACAUCCACCGUGUGGAGCCCGCCGCCGGAAGUGCCAUACACAAAGCGCCCGGCCGGGUCCAGGCACAGCCGGCCAAAGCCGCGGCCAACCAGGCCGGCGGCGGUGUCGGUGUCGGUGU